UGGGACACGAUCGACCUGCCUGAAGGGGAAGAUGACUUGCAUCUUGUAGCUUCUUGGCACGGACAUGGGACACGAUCGACCUGCCUGAAGGGGAAGACGACUUGCAUCUUGUAGCUUCUUGGACGGACAUGGGACCUCGUAAACUUUCAGUCAUCUGCUAGGUGAAGCAUUGUGUAGAUAUUCAUAACUAAUAGAGGUAAUGAUAUGAAGUCAAAGCACGAAGUUCCGGUAUAAAUAGGUGCCCGACAUCUCAUGUUGGUUCUGCUUCUUCUCAGCAACUCAACUCAUUAUUCCAAGUCACAAACUUGAUAGUUAUCCCCCUUCGUUCAGCCAUCUCCAAAAUGCUUCUCAACACCAUCAUUUUUGGCCUUAUGGCCACGGCGACGGCCGCAACUACGAUUCCCGAGUCCUUAAAGGCUCGCAUUCCGGCCGGCAUGACUUACACCACCAUCGCGCCCGAGGACAUACCUGAGUCGAUCAAGGGCGCUGGUAAAUCCGUCAACUCCACCGUUACAGAAGCGCGUGAUAUCAAGAAGCGUGCCGACUUUGGGGUCUACUUGUGCACCGACGCCAAUUGGGGUGGGCACUGCGUCCACAUCGUGGCACCGGAGAAUGUCUGCGUUCCACUGGCUGGGGACCUGAACGACCAGGUCUCUUCUGUUGGGCCCGACAGUGGGGCGUAUUGUCGAUUCUAUUUCAACGCCGGCUGCACCGAUGAUAAUGGGUGCCUUCACUUUGACUUGACUAGCCCCGGCUAUAGCAAUCUGAACCAAGGUAGUCUAUUUGUCUGUGGUGCCAACAACCCUAAUGACAAGGUCACGAGUUACAUGUGCUGGUCUGGGUAAGCUGGCCUGUGAAGAGGCCAUUUUGGCGGGUAAUCUUCUAUUGGACUGGGUAAAUGAGAGCUAUGGAAACAUGGAUUGCUUUACUUUCGAUGAUGUUCUUAAUUUAUACUUUGUUGGACUGGGAAAUCGUGGGAGCUGCGUUUAACAGGCCACUCUUUAAGUUGAAAUCUCCGACCAUGUUAGGUUAGAUUUAGCCUAAUCUAUUAUUUAUGACUACCUGAAUGCCCUGAAAAUACUCAG